UGUGCUUAUUCAGGUUUAUGAGGGUGAACGUGCUAUGACCAGAGACAACAACCUCCUGGGCAAGUUUGAGCUCACAGGGAUCCCUCCUGCUCCUCGUGGUGUUCCCCAGAUUGAAGUGACAUUUGAUAUUGAUGCCAACGGCAUCAUGAAUGUCUCUGCUGUAGACAAGAGUACUGGCAAGGAGAACAAGAUCACAAUCACCAACGACAAGGGUCGGCUCAGUAAGGAGGACAUUGAACGCAUGGUUCAGGAAGCUGAGAAGUACAAGGCUGAAGACGACGUCCAACGUGACAAGGUAUCUGCUAAGAAUGGCCUGGAGUCAUAUGCUUUCAACAUGAAGUCCACUGUGGAGGAUGAAAAGCUUGCCGGCAAGAUCAGUGACGACGACAAGCAGAAGAUUCUGGACAAGUGCAACGAGGUCAUCAGCUGGCUUGACAAGAACCAGACUGCGGAGAGGGAUGAGUAUGAACAUCAACAGAAGGAGCUGGAGAAGGUGUGCAACCCCAUCAUCACUAAGCUGUACCAGAGUGCUGGUGGCAUGCCUGGUGGGAUGCCAGAGGGCAUGCCUGGUGGCUUCCCUGGAGCUGGGGGUGCAGCUCCUGGUGGUGGUGGAUCCUCUGGCCCAACCAUUGAGGAGGUCGAUUAAACAUUCCAUCAUGGCUGCUACUGAGAUGUUUUCUAAGAAAGUAACCCUCUUAUAGCACAAGUUACAACAGGCUAAAGAGUGCAAUAUAAAAUAAAACCGGGUUCAGGGAUCACAUUUAUUGCAUUGUUUGCGACAACUGGGAACAACUUGUAUUUGGCACAGCUGAGCUGUGAGUUCAUGUCUGUUAAGUGUUUUGUAUGAGAUGUCACUGCCUUGACAAUAAAAAUCUUCUAACCCA